UAAUCUAGUUCUAGCUUUUAUGUACAUGACAUGGCUGACGAUUGUAACAGAAUGAAUUACACGUUGUGGUACUGUAUCAAUGAAACUAACUGGACUAUCGAUUGCCAAAAGAAUUUCGGGUGGUCUGAAGAUUAUAUACCUUUAAGAUUUCCAUUAUACAUAAGAACGUGCGCUAGUAUAGUUUGUGGUUUAAUCUUAACACUUGGUACUAUAGGAAAUUUAAUGGUACCUUUAGUAGUGUUUAAAAAUAAAGAAUUAAGAAAUUCGACAAAUAUAUUCCUCAUCAAUUUAAGUAUUGCUGAUUUAUUAGUACUUUUAGUUUGUAUGCCAAGUGUAUUGAUUGAACUUCACUCGAAACCAGAAGUUUGGAUACUUGGAGAAGAAAUGUGUAAAACAGUACCAUUUGUUGAACUGGUAGUUGCGCACGGAUCUCUCUUGACCAUACUUGCAAUUAGUUUCGAACGAUAUUAUGCAAUUUGUAGACCAUUAAAAGCUGGAUACACAUGCACCAAAAUGCGUGCCCUUGCAGUCAUAAUAGCAGUGUGGAUGAUAGCAUUUUCAAUAACCUGUCCAAUUUUGGCUCUUACAGAAUACACGUAUGCCCAUUACGUAGAUGGUAGCUUAGUGCCCGUUUGUCUAACUUCUGCCCAAAGCAUGUGGCACAAGAUAUAUUUUCUGUCUACUUCAGCUGCUUUUUUCUGGGUUCCAUUAAUCGUUCUCGUUGUUAUAUAUGGUGUUAUAGCCAAACAUCUCAUGAAUAGUAGAUGUUUAAUAAAAUCUAGUAUGGAACACACGCAGAUGAAGGCAAGAAAACAAGUGGUGCUAAUGCUUUCCACUGUUGUUUUUUGUUUCUUCGUAUGCCUUACUCCUUUUCGAGUCUUUACAGUUUGGUUAACAUUAGUUUCUCAAGAUAAGAUAGAAGCAUUAGGUAUGGAGACAUAUUACAAUCUACUGUACUUCUGUCGUGUCAUGUUAUACAUCAAUUCUGCAAUUAAUCCAAUACUGUAUAAUUUAAUAUCUUCAAAAUUUCGGAAUGCUUUCUUUCAUUUAAUAUUCUGUGGUACACAUAAACGUUUAAUAAGAAGAACAGUAACUGUUAGCACGUCUACAACGUUAAGAACGAGCAGCACAGGAGGGAAGAGCCAAGUGCAAACUGUCGCAAGUAACACAAUAUGCAAAAUUUCGCCCAAGAAAACGUAUGAUAAAAGUUUUGUAUGAAAAACUAUGCCUAUAUUUUUUAAUUAUAUAAAUAAAUAUAUAUAUACACAAACGUCAAAGUUUACAUCGAGUGAUGAACUUCUUGCCCUACGUUACGAACACUUCUUAUGAUCAAUUUUGGAAUUUCAUUUGUUCCAAUUUAUUAAUAAUUGUAAAUAAACCGUCCUACUUAUU